AUGAUACGACAAUAUUUGAGUGAUUGCUUUCCAGCUGAUGAAAAAGGCAAUGAUCCAACAGUAACAGCUGAUUUAUCUGAACUUAGUUUCCCAGAUUACUAUGAAACAUCAAUGCCGCUUGGAUUAUUUCGGAUUAAUCAAGCAAUUCAAAAUUUUUCAAUUCCUAUCAAAGAUAAAAUUACUACAGUACCAAACUAUAUUAAUCAAUAUAAAGAAUUCUUAGCAGAUGAGCAACAACGUGCAGGUUAUACCAUUCAUAAGCGAUUAUAUUUCAGAAAUCUUGUCCAUCUAGGCAAAGAGUAA